AUGUCCAUUGUAGAACCUCUUUUCAAAAUCAGAUUCAUCGACUCUCUAAAUUUCAUUCCCACGGCCCUUGCUGAUAUGCCUAAAGCGUUUGGAGAAACAGAACUUGUCAAAGGUCAUUUUCCUCAUUUGUACAACACAUUAGAAAAUCAAUCGUCGGAACUCAACCAUUUACCCACCAUAAAGUAUUAUAGCCCUGAUAGUAUGAAGCACGAUGCACGCAAGACUUUUAUUCAAUGGUACAACGCAAACUUUCAAAAGCCUUUUGUGCUACAGACAGAACUGUUGCGUUACUGUCGAUCUAAUGUCGAUGUGCUUCGGAAGUGUUGUCUUAAGUUUAGGACACUUUUCAAAGACCUCACCAAAACCCGAGAUAAUGAUGGGAUAAAUCCUUUUGAAAAAUGUAUCACAAUAGCUUCGGCUUGCAACCUAGUGUUCAGGACGCUUUUCCUCGACCAUGAAACUAUCGGCAUCAUCCCAUCUCACGGUUACCGGCCUGAGGCCAAACAGUCUGUAUUGGCUUAUCAAUGGUUAUCCUUCCUUGCGUUUGAAAGAAACAUUUAUAUUCAACAUGGUCGGAAUAAGGGGGAGAAACAGAUAGGGCCAUACAAAGUUGACGGGUACUAUGAGACAGAAGACGGUCGGAAAGUUGUUCUAGAGUUUCAGAGUGAUUUCUGGCAUGGAUGUCCAAAAUGCUUUUCCAAAAGCACGAUCAAUCCUGUGAAUGGGUUAUCCAUGUCUGAAUUAUACAUGAAUACCCUUGAAAAACAGUUAUAUCUUGAAUCAGAAGGUUAUCACUACGAAUGUAUCUGGGAAUGUGAUUUCAAGAAGAAGUUGGAAUCAAAUCCUACAAUGAAAGAGUAUAUUGAUUCUUUGGAAAUAGCUCUACCCUUAGAACCGAGAGAUGCUUUCCAUGGUGGACGCACUGAAGCAUUCAAAAUGUAUGCAGAGUCCACAGAAGACAAACAUAUUCGAUACUUCGAUGUCACAUCCCUUUACCCCUUCAUUAAUAAAACAGGAAAAGUUCCCUUUGGUCAUCCACAGAUUAUCACUGAAAAUAUUGAGGAUAUAAACAAUUAUGAAGGUUUAAUAAAAUGUAAGGUUCUACCACCAAAGAAACUGUAUAUCCCCGUUUUACCAACAAAGUGCAACGGAAAACUUAUGUUCAGUCUAUGUCGUACUUGCAGUGAAACAUAUGACAAUGACGUGUGUCAACACAGUGAUAAUGAUAGAGCCAUAACAGGCACUUGGGUCACAGAUGAAGUGAAAAUGGCUUUAUCCCAGGGCUAUAGAUUACUAAAAGUUUAUGAAGUUUGGCAUUUUGAUGAAAUUUCCCAGUAUGAUCACAACACCAAAACGGGUGGGCUUUUUACAGAAUACGUUAACACUUUUCUGAAGGUGAAACAAGAAGCCAGUGGUUGGCCAGACUGGUGUAAAACAGGAACAGACAAGCAAAUGUAUAUUCAAGAGUAUUUUGAGAGGGAAGGUAUUUUGCUAGAGUAUGAUAAGAUUGAAGAAAAUCCUGGUCUAAGACUGUUAGCCAAAAUAAUGUUGAACUCGUUCUGGGGGAAAUUUGGCCAACGUUCAAACUUGAUACAAACAAGCUUUAUUGACGACCCGGUUCAGUUCAUAGAUAUGAUGAACUCUGAUAAGCAAGAAGUUAAAAACGUACGUUUCAUAAACGAAGAAGCAGUCCAACUAGACUGGGCAUAUAAUAACGAUUUUAUAGAAGCUUCAUGUAGGACCAAUGUAGUUGUGGCCGCUUACACAACUGCUCAAGCCCGAUUAAAACUAUACAGUUAUUUGCAACCAUUAGGUGACAGAGUUCUUUAUUGUGAUACCGAUUCUGUUGUGUUCACCUCUUCCCAGGGUGAGUGGGAUCCUCCUUUAGGUGACUUCCUUGGUAAUUUGACGGAUGAAGUCCCAAACAAUCAAAUAACUAAAUUUGUGACCGGAGGACCCAAGAACUACGCAUUUUGUCUAGCGAGACCAAACAAAAAGGGCCAGUCUUCCAUUUGUAAAGUCAGGGGGAUUACAUUAAAUUUCAAAAAUUCCCUAGAUAUCAAUUUUGAUACAUUAAAAGAAAUGAUUACGGGACAGAAACAAAACACUUGCCUUAAGGUGGUAAAUGAAAAUAAGAUAACCAGAAAUACAGAUACAUGUGACAUUAUUACAAAGACUGAAACCAAAGAUUAUUGA